GGGGGAUAUUUUUGGGUCUUUUGUUCGACUCCCAUCAUAUCAUCAUCUCUCUUCCCUUUCCAUCCUAAUUGUCCCAUUCCAUCCACUCCCUCUCGUCCCAUCGUCCGCAAUUCAUCUUUACUUCCUUAAUACCCAGGAACUUAUCACUAGAAAUACUCACUACUAUCACCAUGGCACACCGCAUUGGACGCAGAAAGAACGUCAAGAAGGGAUUUCAGUUCACGCUGAUGGUUGUCGGUGCCUCCGGUCUUGGUCGCACCACCUUCAUCAACACGCUGUGCGAUGCUGAUGUUGUCCCUAAGCGUGAAUCUGACGAGCCUGAUAUGGCCCACGUCGAGGAGGGCAUCAAGAUCAAGCCCUACACCGUUGAGCUCGACGAGGAUGGUGUCAAGAUCUCGCUCACUGUUGUCGACACCCCCGGCUUUGGUGAUAUGAUUGACAAUGAGUACUGUUUCCAGGAGAUUCUUGGAUAUCUGGAGCGACAAUACGAUGAUAUUCUAUCGGAGGAGUCCAGGAUCAAGCGUAACCCACGGUUCCGCGACAACCGUGUCCACGCUCUCCUCUACUUUAUUACCCCUACUGGCCACAGCCUGAGGGAGAUCGAUAUUGAAUUGAUGAAGCGUUUGAGUCCCAGAAUUAACGUUAUCCCAGUCAUUGGCAAGGCCGAUACCUUCACCCCUAUUGAGCUGGCAGACUUCAAGAAGAGGGUCAUGGAGGACAUUGAGCACCACAAUAUCCCAAUCUACAACUUCCCCUUCGAUCCCGAAGAGGAUGAUGAGGAGACCAUUGACGAGAACAGCGAGCUCCGUUCCCUCCUUCCUUUUGCAUUGAUCGGAUGCGAGGAGGAGAUCAUGGUGAACGGCCGUAAGGUCCGCGGCAGACAGUACCCAUGGGGCAUUGUCGAGGUCGACAACACCCAGCACUGCGACUUUGCCAAGUUGCGUUUUGCUUUGCUCAGCUCGCACUUGCAGGACUUGAAGGAGAUCACUCACGACUACCUCUACGAGAACUACCGUACCGAGAAGUUGUCUCGCAGCGCCGAGAACCUGUCCGAGUAGAUACUGGAUAUCUGCAGGAUCGUUUUUCACUCUUUAUUAUUAUCGUCAUUUCCCCCAAUAAUUAUAACCACCACUCGUGCUGGAAGGUCGACCCUGAUGCGCCGUUCUUUUUUUUUUUUUUAUUCUAUAAUCCUAUUGGAACCCAUUUACACGCAAUAAACGAAUUUCAGACUAAGACUUUUGAGCGUCCCUUUCUGGAGUCAGGAUAGGGCACGGCAUGGUGCACAACGGUCGUGACUGU